AACGCCUUAUGUACACCAUCGUGUGCCACCCCUCGCGUGAACAUCUCUGCCGCGAUCUUGCCGCAGUCCCAUGUAUUUUAUUAUCUUGACUGAACUACGUGAAAUUGAAUACCGGAAUUAAAAUGCACCUCAGAACCUGCAAUACGAGCUUUUCCAAUGGCCCAGUCUCUUUGCCACAUUGGUUUCAAAACAAUCGCGUACGGGCAGGCCAUCAGCGGCAACCAUGGUCCUUCAGUCGCAACCCUCGUCAAACGAAGACGAAUUCUCGCGGGACAGUGCGGCUACGACGAGGGCAGCGGGAGGGGCUGUCACAACGUACGCCAUGACGUUUCAACCUCCCGAUUGGAUUGUCUACCCGAGCGAAGCGAGCUCUGCCGUGCGCUUUGAUGUGAUGCGUGCGUCGAAAACGUGCGGUGUGUGUGAACUGGGCAAGAAGCUCAUGAGCAUAUUUGGCCGGGAGCAAGACGGCAGCGACUUUGUCUUGGCCAACCCGUCGAUUUCCCGCAAGCAUGCCGCGAUUGUGCAUUGUGCCAAGGGUGGUGUCUACCUCGUGGACCUCAUGUCUCGGCAUGGCACGUUUGUUGGCAAGUCCAAGAUUCCACCGCACGACCCGACCCUGUUGCAUGAAGGCGAUAUCGUCACGUUUGGCCAGAGCUGUCGUACGUACGUGCUCAAGGGUGUGGAUCCAAAGGGGUUGAGUCAAGCGCCCAAGCGCACGUGGCGCCGUCUGUCGCUCCCGUCCUUCUUUGCCAAGGAUGGAUCGUCAACCAAGAAGUCGCCACCAGCCCCGAAAAAAUGCUCGGACAUGACAGUAAAACUCGUGCAAACGAUCUGCUCGCGCCGGCUGACGGACGACGGCAUCAAGGAAUUUACGAUCCAAGUGUCGGAGCUGGACGACGAGCAUGUCGAGGAAGUCGCAUACUUGCUCGUGGAAAAGGUGCGGGUGAACUCGAGCAAUGCCCAUCGCGUCGUGCUCGCGUUGCUCGAGGACCACAUUGGCCUGGACGCAUUUGAAGACAACCUGAGCACGAUUGUUCAAGUGUCUCAAAACAACUUGAACGCCCGCAAGAUUCUGCAAGUGAUUGCCGAAGCCAGGCUGGAAAGCGGACCCCACAAAAACUCUGUUGACAGCGAAGACGACGACGACGAACCGGAAGGCGAACGUGGGGGGUAUGCCCCUCCUGGAGCGGCCGUCGAGGAGGAAGUCCCAUACGAGCCGCCUGUCAUCCCGUACGUGCCGCCCGUCGCGGCCAUUCAACCCGCGACAGCACAGCAACAACGUGAACGCGUACUCAGUAACGAAGGCAAACGCCUGUUCGUUUCGGCAAUUGAAGCCACGUCGGUGGAGUACCAGGAGGACUCUGAAGAAGAGAAGGAAGACGAACCAGCCCAGUCGUCGGGGUUCAACUUUAUAGAGUCGACAGCAGAUUCCGCGCCGUCGGCCUUCGGAUUUCUCUCGACGUCCGGUGGCCACGAUGCGGAAGAACUUCAAGCAGACGAAGAAGUUGUUGAGGAUGAUGCGGUUGCUCUCGACGUGCCUUCCGGCUUCUUGACCUCUCCGUCCAUGGAUCCCCAGGACUUUGAAAACUUGUGGCAAAGUGCCAGUGCGUCGGAGGAAUGGGCCGUCGACACCGUGCCGUCGUUUCACACGGACCUCAUGGAGCUCUGCGUGACGUAUCUGCCGCACGUCAAGAUUCUAGCCAGCGGUCGCGUCGGCGGCGUCCACAAAUUUUACUACUACGCUGAGCAGGCAUCGAAUGGGACGAUAUUUAUGGUCGAGAUUCAAGUGAUCGAGAGCGUUGGCGAGAUGUCGGCAACGUUCAAGUGGAUUGAGCUCGGGCUGCUCUACGACGACGGGCAUCUGUUAUUUAUCAAGUUGUUCAAAGAGUGUCUCGCCCCUUGCUACGAGGUCAACCACCCGCGCUUGGCCGCGUUGCUGCGCAGGUCAAGCGCUGCGACGACUGCGCCGCUGUCAGCCGCGGCCGUGGUGGAAGAAUCCCCAUCGUUUGUCGCGUCGUUGCUGCCGUACCCUGGCCUCGACCCUGCCUCGUUUGAAGCGCUCUAUCUCGGCGCCAUUCCCAUUUCCGAGCUGGAAGACCCUGACGGGCGCGAGUUGAUCGGGAUGGACAGCGUGAUCGCCCAGUUUCAAUCGAAACACUUGUUUUGUUUGGCGAGUGGGUCGAUGGAAUCGAUGGACAAGUUUUUCUUUUACGCGGAAUUGGUGCACGUCAAGUGGCUCUUUUUUGUCGAGCUGUCGAUUUCGCGGCCGGACGGGGCGAUUUCUGCGCUUUUGAAGGUGCAUGCGCCGAGCGCGUCCGAGCGCGAGAUCGAGCAAAUUUCUCCUCACUUUGUCACACUGGUCGAAGAGCUCCUGGCAGAUAUAGAAUAGAAUUGUCCUCGUCUUUGUUGUG